AUGACAAUUAAAUCAUUAUCCUUUACAAGAUUAAAACUAAAGUCUGAGGAUUUAAGACUUCAACUAGAUGGUUAUCAAAAUGUUAAAACAAUCAUUGUAGAAAGAUGUGAUUUCGAUUUGUUGGAUUUCAUGCUGAUUGUAUCAACUCUCUGCCCAAAUUUGGAGACAUUGGACAUUUCAGAUAACCCAAAUAUUUAG